CAACAACAACAACAAUAACAACAACUUUACCACAAUUACAAACAACAUUUCAACAACCAAACAAAAAACACCAAAACAUGAAUUAGAACCUCAAAAAAAAGGAGAAAAAGCACCACGAAACACAGCAACACCACAGGAACACCACAACACCAAAGCAACACCACAGAACACACCAACACCGUACCAGCACCACAAAACAUCACAAAACAGAGCAACACCACAUCUUAACAUCACAAAACACAGCAACACUAAAUUUUUAACACCACAAAACACAGCAACACCACAUCUUUACACCACAAAACACGCAACACCACAUUUUUAUACCACAAAACACAGCAACACCACUGCAACACCACAGAAACACAGCAACACCACAUUUUAACACCACAAGGCACACCAACACCACAUUUUACACCACAAACACACCACCACCACAUCUUUACACAACACCACCACAAAACACACCAAACCCACACCAACACCACAAAACACCACCAAACACCACAUCUGAACACCCACAACACCACAAUGUGCAUCACGGACAACACCACAGACCUGGGGGAACACAGCGAUAAGUACUGUGACCAUGGAAUCAUAGCUGUGGCCACUUUGUCCUUCUUCCUUGCUGUGUCAAUGUUUCUGGCUUUCUUCGGCAAUAUAAUGGUCAUCCUCACCAUUCUGCGCCACCCCGGCAUGAGAACCAGGACCAACCUACUACUGGGCAACCUGGCAGUGGCUGAUAUACUAGUGGCGGUCCUAGACAUGCCAGUAGCGCUCACCACGAUUAUCAAACACGACUGGAUAUUUUCUGAAGAGUUGUGUUAUGUUAAUGGAUUUGCUGUUGGUCUGGGUCUCAUGCUGUCAAUUCACACGCUCAUGUGGAUUAGCAUCCACAAGUACCUGUCCAUCACGCGUCACUUCACCUGUAACGUAACGAAAUGCAAGAUAAGACUGAUGAUGGUCGCGGCGUGGGCGUGGACGAUCCUCUACAACCUGUCAGCCACGCCCCUCAUUGGACUGACGAAGACUGUGUACAAGAAGGGCUCCUCCCAGUGUGGCCCAGCCGUACCCACCUCAGCACUGCAGCGAGCACACUCUGCCAUCAACACACUUUGCAAUCUGGUUAUCCCUAUGGGUGUCAUGAUUUUCUGCUACUACAAGAUAUUCAAGGAGGUGCAUAAUCAUCUGGAGAGGAUGCGUGAGAUAGCCGACCAGGGCGUGAGAAACAGUUACAUCCAGCAGAAGCAGAUUACCGUGACUCUUCUCAUUGUGCUGAUCUUCUUCUUUGCCUUCUGGAUGCCCUACAUCGUCUACUCCAUGUCCCUCGUGUUUCUGGGAGAGGAGAGAGUGGAUCCUGUCUUCAAUCCCAUCAGUUACCUGUUUGGCUACAUGAACUCUGCCUGCAACCCUGUCAUCUAUGCCUUUCGCUCCCCCUCCUUCAGGCGCAGCUUCAAGGAGAUCAUCUGUGGCUCCUCAUCGCAUUUACGAGGUCCGCGAGACAGCAUUCUUAUCUCCUUCAGGCGAUCGAUCUUCAGAACCAGUGAGAGGGGACAAACAUACCAGCCUACCGCCUCCGUGCACAAGACCAGGCCGCCCCGGAGAGCCUCACAGCCACACACCACCCACCUGCUGCCCCACAACACCCCAAAGGAGGCUAAUGGCACUGCAGUCACCGUAGCCAGCCCCAAGAACACCCCAAAAUUAGGGCCAAGUGUGAGUGUGACGUUCAAGGGAGACAGCGACACUCAACUAGACACACAGAUAGACACACACUCCUGCACUGUGGAUAUAGAUAAAUACUACCCAGAAUGGCAACCUCUCCAGCUACAGUUCCCAAGCAACCACCUGAGUAGAAGCUGCCAGGAAAUCAUCAAAGCAACGUCUAGUAUUAUGAAUCGUUCUGUCUCUGCUGGGGACAUUCCGAGCCUGGCAGGGGACAACAAACAGGCACAGGAGAAGGCAGAGGUGGCGGCGGAUGUGGCUUCCAAACGCCGGCAUAGAUCUGAAGUUCACCGCCCGUUAAUGUGGCAGGCGAGUGUGGACCAUCUGACCCCCGUUGGUAGAAGAAGAAGUGAGGCGAUGGGGAGGGAGCGAGUGAGAGCAGGACAGCCACAAACACAGACACAGACGCACUUGAGGGUCAGGACGAUGAUCAGGAAUUUCAGGAGGUCUCUUAGUGAUUUGUUCAGCAUUGAGGAGCAUUGAUAGCAAGACCCAGGGCUGUGUGGAGGCUGUUUAGAGGCGCUGUGAAGCUGUGUUGGGGUCUGCAGGGCUGAGGACUCAAUGCAAGACCUCCCUGCAUCUCAGCCCCUCCUCCUGGAAUGAAAAAUGUGUGUAGUGAACAUUGACAGUAGGGCCCAAAGCUGUGUAGGAGCUGUGUGGUGCUCUGUGGGGUUGUGCAGGGCUGGGAACUCAAUGCAACACCCUGCCACACUUUAAUCCUGCAUCUCAGCCCUCUCCUGGAAUGAAAAAUGUGUGUAGUGAGUAAUUUGUACAGCAUUGAACAUUGACAACAAGGCCCAGAGCUGUGUAGGGGCUAUGUGGAGCUGCGUGGGGCUGGGAACUCAAUGCAACACCCUGCCACACUUCAAUCCUGCAUCUCAGCCCCCUCCUGGAAUGAAAAGUGUGUGUAUUGAGUAAUUUCUACAGCAUUGAACAUUAAUAGCAAGGCAUAAAGCUGUGUAGGGGCUGUGUUGGGGCUCUGUGGAGGCUGUACAGGGCUGGGAAUCCAAAGUAAGACCCUGCCACCCCAUCCCUGCAUCUCAUCUCACUCAAACUAUAAUUGCUAUCACCAUUAUCUGUGUGUGUGUGUGUGUGUGUGUGUGUGUGUGUGUGUGUGUGUGUGUGUGUUGACUGUUCCUGGAUAGGUGUUUAGAGUAGUGCAUGAGUCACAGUAAGGCACAGUGGCUCUUGUUGUGGUGUUGUGGUGUUAGUCAGUGAAAGAAUGUACCUAAUGUUUGCCUUGGUUAUGUUGGCACCACUGUCAGCGUUGUGCAGUGUGGUGGUCAGUGUAAAGAAAAUGUGCAAGACUGAUUGGAAAGGAAGAAAAGAAGGAUACAAAAUUGAUUGGAAAGGAAAAAGAGAAUGAUAAAAGAUUGAUUGGAAAGGAAAAAGAGAAUGAUAAAAGAUUGAUUGGAAAAGAAAAGAGAAGGACGCAAGAUUAAUUGGAAAAGGAAAAGAGAAGAUACAAAAUUGAUUGGAAAGAGAAAGAGAAGGAUACAACACUGAUUGGAAAGGAAAAAGAGGAUAAAAGAUUGAUUGAAAAGGAAAAAAUAGAUUAAAAAGGAGAAUUCAGGAAAUGUUAAAUAAAGUGAGGAAGUGUAAUGAUUGACUAACAGAAAGUGAAAGACAAUGCUUAGUGGUGGAUGAAGCAAUGGUAGUCAAGGCAAAGAAAAAUACAAAAAAAGAGAAAACUUAGACAGUACAAAAGGAAGACAAGAAGACAUUACAAACACACAGAAAAAUCAAAACAAAAAUGUAGUAUUAGAAAGUUAAUACCCUUCAGUACCAGGACAUGUUUUCAUCUUCAUUCUAGAAACCAUUUUGGCAAUUUUAUACAGCUUCAGAGACGUAUGGUAGGAUUAAAAUAGUGAAGACUCCGGCCAUUAAUCUUCUGACCUCCAUAGACCCUUGCUAAUGUAGGUAAAACUGUCUUAACACUCAAACUCGUGAUAAGAAUGUGUCCCAGUACUGAUGGAGUUAAUGUGAUGUAGUAAGCAAUGGAGAUUAAGUUUGAGGUUAAUGAAAAUAUACUGCAAAUUCUUCUAUCUAUAAAUGAUUAAACAUGUGGAAAUAAGAUCAAAAGAACAGUAUUUUUAAUUUUUUAUAGUAAAUAUUUUUUCAGUGUGCUCUACUUAAUCAGCAAGAGUGAUUUUUGAGGUUAACACUGAAAAACUUACAAUUAUUCCAGCUAUGAAUGUAAAUAGUUGGUUAAUCAAAUAUGCAGAAAAUCAAAAAAUAAAAAGUAGAUAGUAGUAGAUAUUAUUAAUGUGAUCUGCUUAACAAGAGAGAUUAAGUUUGAAUAUAACACAGAAAACUUUUAAAAUUAUUCCAGCUGUGAAUGCAAGUGAAUACGUGGUAGUGAAAGAUGCAGAAAAUGAAAGAAGUAACAUAUUAUUUUUUUUUUUUUUAUUAUUAUUAUUAUUAUUAUUAUUGUGAUCUAUUUAACAAGGCGUGAGUUUGAAGUUAAUGCUGGAAACUUUACAAAUUAGUUUAGCUAUUAAUUGCAAAUACCUGAUACUCAAAUAGGCAGAAAAUCAAAGGAAUAAUAAGUUGGUGUUAUUAAUGUGAUAUAAUUGACAAAGGAAAUUAUAUGUUUGAAGUUAACAAUGAAAACUUUACAAAUGGUUCCAGCUGUGAAUGCAACUACCUGAUACUCAAAUAGGCACAAAAUUAAAAAGGAAAAGUAGUAGUAGUAGUAGUAGUAGAUAUUAUUGAUGUGAUCUACUAAAUAAAGGAAAAUGAGUUUGAAGAUAACACUGGAAACUUUACAAAUUAUCCCAGCUAUGAAUGCAAAUAGCUGGUAAUCAAAUAUGCAGAUAAUCAAAAUAAAUAUAAAAGUAGUAGAUAUUAUUAAUGUGAUCUACUUAACAAGAGAGAUUAAGUUUGAAAAUGACACUGAAGACUUUAAAUCACUGAUACUCAAACAGGCAAAAAAAAAAAAAAAAAAAAAAGUAGUGGUAAUAUAUUUUUAAUGCGAUCUUCUUAACAAGGGAAAUUGAGCUUGAAGAUAACACUGGAAACUUUAUAAAUUAUUCCAAGUGUGAAUGCAAAUACUUGAUAAGCAAAUAGACGGGAAAUCGAAAUAAAAAGUAGA